AUGAACAUCGUCCCAGCCGUACCGUGCGAAGCGGAUCCUCCCGAAUCCUUCCUACAAGAAAGAUCACGAUCGCUCGAAUUGGCCAAAUACUUUACAGCUGCUUCCAUUGUGCCACGAGCACCACAACCCGACCUCGAAACCCCAGCGCCGUUUCCAGACCCGACGCUGACGGCAUUAGCACAGCUGGGCGUUUACAAGCUCGAAUGCGAGCGCUCCUUCAUCUCUCUGAUUGACAGCUCACAUCAGUACAUCAUCGGCGAAGCUACCAGGUCGAACACUUCUUCCCCUCAAGGCUUGAAAGCGCACAACGAUGGCCUGUAUCUUGGUUUUCGAAGCCUGGAGCUCAGCUGGGGAGUCUGUCCCCAGACUAUUAAAGUCUUCACCUCCGACGACAUGACUAUUGAUACACCCAACGUAUACGCCGAUCAUUCGCGUUAUGUCAUCCACAACUUUGAAGCCGAUGCACACUUCGCGACUCGGCCGUACGUGACGGGCUUUCCAUACAUGCGCAGCUAUGCAGAGGUUCCCUUGACGAGUCCAAGCGGAUUCGUCAUUGGAUCUUAUUGCGUUGUCGACGACAAACCAAGAGACUACAAUGAUGCCGAAAUUGCAACAUUGGCCGACGUUGCCAGUAACAUCAUGUCUCAUCUGGAUCUCAUGAAGUCGCGGCUUGAGUUCCAACGCGUGGAAGGACUCGUGCGCGGCAUAGGCUCAUACGUCGCGGGCGUCUCCAGUCUUCGAGAACAGCGGACAAUGUUAGCUAGCAUGGACGUGGCGCGACCACCAGCAAUAAGGCAAGUCCCCGAUCCAACUGACACCUCGGCGGGCUCUAGCACGCGCAGUCCCAGCACGGAGAGUGUGCCUUCUACGCACAUAUCGCCCGCGCAAAGUACUUCCAAGACCACUACCGAAUCUGCCGAUGUCUCUUUCGCACGUAAGACUUCGUUCCUCGCGUCAGAAAGUAGCCAAUCUAUCCUGGAACCUGAGCAGAACACAAUCCUCUCGCCUGAAGUAUCGAAGGCUUUCUUCAGAGCCGGGAAUAUCGUGCAUCAGUCGAUGGAGCUGCAAGGAGUGGCGUUUAUGGAUACCUUGGAGGCCACCACGAGCACAUCACAGCGCCCAAGCACGAGUAGCUGUACUAACGUUGGUCUUCAGUCUCCUGCACAUGACGCUUCGAACGCUCGGCUUUUUGGCUACUCGAUAGAAGCUGGACCACGCAACGGAAUCAACCCUGACGGCAGCAACCUGAAGCUCAAGGAUGCCCUCCUGGCACGGAUGCUAGCACGCUAUCCCUUCGGGCACAUACUCUCUUCAGAUACACAGGGCGUCAUCAUCCGGUCGCAUACUGAUCUGAACCAGCAAUACAGAAAGCACCCUUCUCGACGCACAUUUGGGCUUGUGCCACCUGACGAUGAGGAACAAGAAAAGCGGGACGCGGCCGACAUGUUCAGAGCGAUUCCUAUGGCGCGCUCGAUUAUUUUCUUGCCGCUCUGGGACUAUCCAAAGGAUCGUUGGUUCGCUGCUUGCAUAGGGUGGACUUCGGUGGGCAUUACCUAUAACCUCAACUACUUCUCCGCCUUCGGCAAUUCAAUCAUGUCCGAAGUCUCACGGCUUGAAGCUGCCGCUCUUUCUGAUGUAAAAUCCAACUUCAUCGCGUCAGUCUCGCAUGAGCUGAGAUCGCCACUCCACGGUAUCCUUGCAGGCACCGAACUGCUACGUGAGAGCAUAAAGUCCAGCGAGGAAGUCUCAAUGUUGGACACCAUCGCCUCAUGCGGCACAACUCUGCUGGACACAGUUGACCACUUAUUGGACUUUGCAAAGAUCAAUAGCCUGAUCACUCGACCCGCCGAUCUUCCCAGCACCGCAGACAUUGCCUCUCCAGAAGAGAACGCAAGACGCUUCACCGUGGUGGAUCUGAGCACACUAGUCCAAGACGUAGUAGAAGGGGUGUAUCUAGGUUUCGCUGCCCGUCAACCACCACAAGACUUUGGAAGUGAAACUGCCGGAUCAGAGAGGACCGCGCCUGAUACUUGGCAAUGCCAGAGCCACGCAUCUGACCAGACCAUCGUGCUUAUCGAUGUCGAACCAGCGAUCAAUUGGUCCUUCGAGACCGAACCUGGUGCCUGGAAGCGAAUCGUCAUGAACCUUCUAGGAAAUGCUCUGAAGUACACUUCCGAAGGACGCAUCAACGUGAGACUUAAUCUGAAUGAUCAACACUCUGAAGAAGGCAAUAUGGAAAACGGGGCAGUAUGCCUUGAGAUCGUGGAUACUGGCUGUGGAAUCAGUAAAGAGUACCUGCAACACCGGCUCUUCCUGCCUUUUGCCCAAGAGGACAACCUGUCCAUUGGGACUGGGCUCGGUCUGAGUAUCGUGCAGAGACUCGUUGAAGGACUUCAAGGGACGAUUGAAGUUUGGAGUGAGGUAGGGUUUGGAACUACUGUCCGUGUGGUCGUGCCCAUCGGGGACACGCUAAGGGCACAGGGCAGGCUCCGAAAAAGUGAAGGAACGACAAGAAGCCAGCGUUUUGACGAUGUUGGAAGACUCCGAGAUCUGCAGCUUUUACUACCAGCAUUGGAGACGGCAAGUCCAGCGAACGAGUCAGAGAACGAAAAUGUUUCUGCCACAAGGUCGUUGUUCGCAAGCAUUGCGGCGAGAUCGCUAGGCAUGGAUGUGUCCUUCGAUAGGCCGCCAGCUGCUAUAGUUGACUCAGGCAAGCACCACCUUGUACUGCAACAUGCUGGCCACGACGCAACGGGCUAUGCUUGGGUACUUCGAAGUAUCAGGGGAGGUGAAGAUGCUACUGGAGAUGGCUCUGCCGUGGCUGAGGCGCGCUUGAAACAGCCUUUUGGCCCUAGGCAACUGACAACCGCUCUGCUCAACUUACUUGAGCGACGCAGGGGAGGCGGCAAGUCGUCGACGAGGCAAGACGUGCCAUCGACCCGACGAAAAAGGUCCACAUCGGAUUUGGCAAAGGCCAUGCAGAGCACAUCGAUCACAUCCGUGAAGACAACGACGACAACUACCACCACGCAACAACUGGACACCCCAACCUCCCCGAACUCGACACCAGACCGCGUUGUCUCGCACUUACCCAACACCCCCAAACCCCCCAUCCACAUCCACAUUCUCAUCGUCGACGACAACCCCACCAACCUCAAAGUCCUCAGCAUGUGCGCCCAAAAGAUCGGCUGCACCGUCACGCUCGCCGAGGACGGACAACAAGCCAUCGACGCCUUCACCACCACUAUUUUCGACCUCGUCUUCAUGGACCUCUCCAUGCCCGUCAAGGACGGGUACCAAGCGACCCGCGAGAUCCGUACCUAUGAGAUGCAGAGUGCGGUGUCCAGAACGCCGAUAUAUGCACUCACUGCGCUAGUCACGGAGCAGGCGAGGCAGGAUGCGUUGGGGAGCGCGGUUGCGUGUGUCGGCAUUCUGCCGGCUUCAUGUUUGGUAGAACAACAUCUGUUCACAUACUGUUUGCAUCUCAUCGCCAUCACCUCAUCAACGGACAUCGCGCUACUGGCAAAUACGGACAUUUUCCCAGAGGAAAGGACAGCAAUGUUCUCUACACUACCUGUCGAACUUGUCGAGCACAUACUCUCGUUCCUGGACUUCAACGACAAGAAAACAUGCGCUGCGAUAUGUCGCGUCAGCAGAGCUCUGCACGAGUUGGCCAUGCCGCUUCUCUAUAGAAGCAUCGGUAUCUGCGAUCUAGACCUGGAAUCGGCCGAGAGAUUCCGUCGACUGCAGUUAUUGCUACGGACGAUGAGCCGGAAUCUGCCACUCACACAGCAUGUCGAGGAAGUCAUUCACUUUAUCGAGGAAGGCAGCACAGAGGACAGACCUAUCGAGGUGGAUUUGGAGCUGGAAGCGAUCGAGGACCUGGUGCGGCGCGACUUGGAUCUCGCAACGGACAUCUUUGAGUAUCUGGAGAUCAAUGAGGACACAAUAUCUGAAGAAUACUGUCUCCUUACGCUACUGACGAUCUGUCCCAAAGCCAAGACGUUGCAUCUCAAGGGCAACUUGAGAGAUCUGUGGCAUUGGUAUGGGUUCGAUGACAUCGUCCAUGGGAUACGGGCCGCUGAAGGGGCUGACCUGACACUACACUCUCAAGAACAAUGCAACGUAGCACUUCAAAACACGACAAGCUUCCACAAAAUCAGGACCGUGCAGCUCGAAUCGACAUCCGAGCUGCAGGUCAGCGUGCUCCAUAUCGAGUCGCUACUGUGGCUUCCGAAGCUGCAAAGACUCCAUACAAACACUUUCGACCAAAUAUCAAGCCUAGAUUCCCAUCACGAAGGAGUGACUUUUCGCUCUCGAGUCGAGACGCUCGAGAUCACGGAUUGCUUUGCGAAGCCAGAGGAUCUUUCAGAGCUCCUGCGGGAGUGCGUUGGCUUGAGGUCUCUGUUGAUCGAAUGGCCCUCCCGCGAAGACAAUUACAGGCGCUUCGACUGGGCGGAUCUGGGCGACUCAAUUCGCGAAAGCUGCCCAAGUCUAGAACAGGUCCAUCUCGAACACCCUCGGGACUUCAUGCUCGAUGAUGAUGACUUUCGGAAUAUCACAGGCGACCUGAACGACGAAUAUUUGCAGAAUUGUCAUCUUCCCGGUCUUGGUUCAAUGCGAGACCUCGUGCAUUUGAACAGCCUUCAUGUCUCAUCCAUAGCGUUGUUUGGCACACAUCGCGACGACAGUUUCGUGCCGGCUGGAGACUUCUCUGACUCUGAUGACGGGAACGAAGUCAAGCAUUGUCUUGAGAGUGUGACGCCAGACUCUCUGAAAGAGCUUGUCGGUAGGUUACCUCUGUCCUGA